AUGCCGUCCACAGGUGCAUUAGAGCUCCAAAAAAAGCUCUUCAAGCGCAUGGGCUUGGAUGUGCCGGAGGAAAAACGACAGACACAAAGGCGCCCAACCAAGCAGACGAAAGAAUCAUUCAGCCAAGUAUCGCGUCGAAAAGCCCAGAGAGCACAGAAAAGGGGGCAGAGCCACACGAAGCAGCCCCCGCCUACGAAAAAGUCGGCCUCCAGCGAUGGCCAACAGAGUGAUUCCGAUGAUCACACGGCGGCACUGAACGAGGAGGAUGAGGAUAUCUUCGAGCAAUCCGACAACAGCGACGACAUUGAAGACGCGGAUGAUUUCGAUCUAGAGGACGACAGUCACUCCGAGAGCGACGAGGCGCAGUUAUCGAAGAAAGGGUCAUCAAAAUACGACGGCCUUUCCAGUGCUGUCCGCGAAAAGCUUGCCCAGGACGAUAAAGAAAUUGAAGAAUUUGAAAAGAAGCUGCGUAUAAAGAAAGGAGCCUCCUCACUGCCGAAGGCCUUCAAGGACGAUGGGCUCGACGAAAUUCUUGGCGAUGUUGGAUCAGAUUCUGAGACGAUUCAAGCUGAUGAGACGUCAAAGCGAAAACAUGAAUUUGAUGACUGGUUGGCUUCAAAGAGGAGGAAAGCAAUGCCAGAGGCAGCCUCAGCCUCGCUGGGCGACCUUGGUGAAUCAGAUGGCUCGGAAGAUGAGGACGCUUUCGACUUCUCAGACGAAGAAUUUGAAAAUCUGGACGAAGAAGAGGAUGGAUCGCAGCAGCCCAAGACCAAAGUCAAGGAAAAUCCUUAUGUGGCACCUGCCACAGGGGCAGUGGUCGCCAAAUAUGUACCUCCGUCUUUGCGAAGAGCUGCCAAUUCGGAUUCAGAAGCAAAGAUGCGGCUGCAGAAACAGAUUCAAGGUCUGGUGAAUCGUCUGACGGAAGCGAAUAUUCUGGGUAUUGUCAAGUCCAUCGAGGAGCUUUACCAAAACAAUGCCCGUGGCGACGUUACCGAAAUUCUUACAAAUACAAUUCUGGCGCAGAUGUACAAAUCUUCAAGCGUUCCAGACCAAUUUUUGGUUCUUAUAGGCGGCUUUUCUGCUGCAGUCUACAAAGUGAUCGGAUCUAGCUUUGGGUCCCACCUCAUACAACAGGUGGUGGUCAACUUUGGCGAGUAUUAUAAGCAUGCCUCACAGGAAGGGGUUAGCUUCUCGGAAAUUCCAAAGGAGUCCUCAAACAUACUCGGAUUCCUCACACAGCUAUACCUGUUUGAGGUUGUGAGCUGUAAAAUCAUGUUUGAUUACAUGGAGAGGUUUCUCGCGGACCUGAAUGAACUCAACGUUGAGCUUCUUCUUCGCAUUUGCCGCAUGGCAGGUCGUCUUAUGCGGAGGGAUGAUCCAAAUGCUCUGAAGCAUGUUAUAUCUAUUCUAAACAAGGCAGUCAACGAAGCUGAUUCUUCCGACUUGUCUGUACGAACAAAGUUCAUGGUUGAGACGAUCAACGAUCUUGGCAAGAGCAAACCCAAGGCUCGAGGAUUGGAUUCUGCCGUUGUAUCAGACCACGUUCUUCGAAUUCGGAAGAAGCUUGGUGAGCUCAAAUCACAGUCCAGGAGACUUGAUGGCCUCGCGCCGAUGGGAUUGAGUCUACAGGACAUUGAGAAAGCAGACACAAGAGGCAAAUGGUGGCUUGUAGGAGCAAGUGUUCCGGCAAAGGAAACUUAUCAAGAUGCGGAAAAAGAAUCGAAAUCCGCGCACAAGAAGAACGAUAUCGACAUGUCUGAUGAUAACGAGGACAUGGAUAUUGUACUGCCCGAUUUCCCCAAGAAAGCCCGCGGCCAAGGCUUUCACACUUCAGCACAGAUCGCCAUUUUUACUGCCAUCAUGUCCGCGGCAGACUACGAACAUGGGUACCGCCAAUACGCCAACCUCAAGCUGAGAAAGGAUGACCAGGCCGAGAUUGCACGCGUGCUCGUGCAGUGCGUCGGAAGUGAGGCCAAUUACAACGAAUACUACGCACUCGUGGGCAAGCAAGCCUGCACAAACAACAAAAUCAGAUUUGCCUUUCAAGAUAGGCUCUGGAAAAUCUUCCGGAGUCUUGGCGAGUUGAUGUUUGGUGAAGAGGCAGAGGACGAGGAAACUGCCGACAGUGAAAAGAUGAAGGAUGAGCGCCGUAUUAGCCAUGUGGCCCGCUUCUACGCGGCCUUGAUAUUCGACGGCGCCUUGAACCUCAACAUUUUGAAGCCUUUGAAUCUACCUAGGCUGAAUCGGUGGACUCUCAUAUUUGUCGAGCAGCUCAUAGCUAGUCUACUGCAGGCCUGCCGGGGGAGCGAAGCCAAAGAGGGCGUUAGGAUAGCCAAGGCGUUUGGCGUGGUAGCAGAGGUACCUACGCUCGCAGCAGGCAUGGACUGGUUUCUUCGGAAGAAGCUACGGAAAAGCAAGCUGCUGACAUCGAAAGAGUUGAAGAAGAUGGAAAGGGCACGAGCGACGGCUGAGGCUGUCGUCCAAGCUCAGACGGCGAGAGAGGGCUAG